AUGGACUAUCAUCGUGCCGAUGGAUUGAGUCGUAAAGUUGCUGUCGCCGUGACACGUUUGCCAGCUAAGGUUCCAGUCACUGAUCCUCGCUACGGAGGUGCAGUUCUAAUCAAUCCAGGAGGGCCGGGUGGUUCUGGUGUCGCUCAAGCGUUGACCACAGGUCGCAAUCUUCAGACCAUAGUGGACGCGGACAUUGAUUUCUUGACAGAAAGUCACAAACACAAUGACUCGUUUUACUUUGAUAUUAUUGGCUUUGAUCCGCGAGGCGUGAAUAAUACUACGCCUCAGUUCAGUUGUUUUCCCAGUCUGCUAUCAAAGGUCAACUUUGGAUUGCAAGCCGAGGCCGAUGGCAUAUUAGGCAGUUCCGCCGACUCCUUGAUGAGAAACUGGCAACGAGGAGCCGCUCUGAGUCAAAGCUGCUCCGAAGUACUACUUGCGAGGGAUGGCAAUGACAGUACCGGAGAGGUCCUAGGUGAACAUUUGAAUACCGUCCCUGUAGCUCGUGAUAUGCUUGAAAUUAUCGAAAGGCAUGCAGAGUGGCGUGAAAAACAGGGUCUCAAGAGACAACAAGAAGAGGAUAAAGCUACCGGCUACCAUGCCGAGCAGAAGAUUGCCGUCCGUACACGUUGGGAUCGUGGACAGGAGAAACUACUCUACUGGGGUCGAUCAUAUGGUACCGUAUUGGGCGCCACAUUUGCUACCAUGUUCCCUGAUCGAAUUUCUAGGAUGUUGCUGGAUGGUGUAGUUGACACCGAUCAUUAUUAUGACGGGGGAGGCGAAUCGAGUAUUACUGAUGCCGACGCUAUCUUUCACCGAUUCUUCCAUUACUGUGACGUAGUCGGCUUGGAAAAAUGUCCAUUUUACAUGAAAGGGGGUCCAUCUGAAAUACGAGAAGCUUAUAAAGGGAUUGAAUCUGGCCUCCGAGCCAAGUCCAUGCCAGUAGCGGCUUCGAGCAACCACGGACCCGAAGUUAUUACAUGGUCGGAUUUGAAACUUAUUCAACGCAUUUCAGUAUAUCAGCCACUCCUUACAUUCCCGCUGUUAGCAAAACUCUUAGCAGAUCUUAAACGCGGUGAUGGAUCAUCGAUGGCUGCCUUCAAGCAAGGUCUUCGUCCAGUUACCUGUCUGUCAGAGGAAUGUAUUGGGACUGGUUCAUGGUCACAGCAAUGCACUGGUUUCGAGACUAGCGAGGAUUCUUCUAGUCAAGCUAUUCUUUGCAGUGAUGCCAUAUAUACAAACACCUUCGAUCUGGAUGAAUUUGAAGGCAUAUGGAACGGUUUUGUGGCUGAUAGCAAGAGCAUUGGGGACUAUUGGGCUAGUGUGUAUUUGACCUGUGUAGGAUGGCAACCGCGAGCCAAAUGGCGAGUAAAUGGCCCUUACGCUGGAAACACUUCCCAUCCUUUAAUGCUUGUCAGCACCACGCUUGAUCCAGUGACACCACUCAAAAGUGCAAAGAAAAUGUCCAGUCGGUUUAAUGGAUCAAUUGUUCUUGAACAAAGUUCAGAAGGCCAUACAACUGGAUCUGGUCCCUCGGUCUGCUCUGCUAAGGCUAUUCGGAAGUAUUUUCAAACUGGACAAUUGCCAGAGACUGGCACACUCUGCUAUAGUGACUUUGAGCCACUUAUCGACACUCCUCAAGAAACUGCACUGAUCCACAACAUGAGUAGUACAUCGGAUCGUCGACUAUACGAGGCCAUGCUUCAGGAUACGUUCACUUUUGGAUUUCCAGCCGGACUAGUGACCUGA